AUGAUGCUCUCUCCCUCGCUAGUGGAGGUUCACCUGCACCAGACCCUCUACGAAACCAACACGCUCAAUUUAGUUCUGCAACUUCUAAAGUUUUCCAGCGGAACACUUUCUCUGUUGUCAAUAUUCCUUCCAUCUCAUGUCAAGAGGAGGAAAGUUGAUCUCUCUUACGUAAACUCAGUUGAAUGGGAGGAGAGUCUUGUCAAGCUCGAGGCAUCGGCCACACUGUCAUUUAGAUCAUCCACCCCUCUUCGCAAGCUCCUUCUCGACUACCUCCACAAAGUCGAGCCUAUUCUCCGUGACACUUCAGCAAGCUGGGAUUCCUCCCAGGUCGAAUGUGUCCUUAACCAAAACCUGCGGUCCACGUUUGACGGCGCAUCACUCCAAGUUCUUGCCGAAAAUGGCUUCGAUGUCACAGACGUGGUAAGCUGGUCUUGGAUUCUCUCCUCUGACAGCGUCGAUCUUGCUGUACAAAGGUACACUGUAUUAGCUGCAGACUUGCGAAAGACUCGGAAAGGGAUCAUUCCUAAAUUUGUCCUCUUACAGCUCCUCCGUGCCAGUUAUGUCGGUCAUUUUGCUCUCAAGGAAGUCAUCAAAAGCGUUCUGGCCGACUUGCAAAUCUCUCAGGAGAAGAAGCAGUAUUCCGGAUGGGGCUGGGUCACUAGGGUGUGUUUGGUCAUCAGGCUUUUACGACAUGCUCGGCGAGUCGCGCCAGACUGCCUCGAUGAUAUCGCCUUGAUUAUUGGACACCUUUUCUCCGACUAUUACAAAGCUGGGCGUACACUUGAGAGGCCGGAGUUGCAGCGUCUGACUCACAUCUUCAAUCGUUUCUUGACGUUGAUUGCCUUUACGCCUGCAAAAUCGCCAUUCAACGCAUACCGUCAACAGCAGAACGCACAGCUUGCACUUGUCCGUCUGAUGGUCACUUUUCAGCCACAAUUGCCGAUUACGCGCGAGGGUUACCGCGCUCUUAUUAGCGUCCAGUUGUUGCACCGUAAAACAAAGCAUGAGCGAACAUGGGCAGAAGCAAAAUCUCCCUCGUGGCCGCCAUGGCGGCAGAUCAGAUCCGGUAUAGAACAGGACCUCGAAUAUCCUGGCAAAGAAAGCCGCGUGAUGAAAUUGUUGCGACGAAUGAACGAAGCUGGUUACGCACACGGCGAGUGGGAAAAGAGUGCUGCGGUGCUGGCAGGAUGGGAUACUGAUAAAAGUCCUACCAUCCAGACUCGAGCAAUCUUGACGCGACCUACCCGUCCCUGGACAACGUCGCCCCGUCGCGCUAGGUCUUCAGAUGGACCAGCUUUGUGGGCAGCACGUAUACGGGCUACGAGGAGCAGGAGAGAAGCCUGGGCAUCUUUCUGUGCCUACGAGAAGUCGACAGACCCGACAGACGCGUCCAAAAUGGAGUUUCAGCCCUACUUCGCCAUGCUGGAAAAGUUACUUGUCCACGCCGUGGAAAAAGAUUGUCACACUGCAUCAGCGUACACCCCAGGCGAUGUCAAAGAAGUAUUCCAAGAUUCCAGCAACCCUCGAGAUCUGAUCUACAUAGAGAAAGACGUCCCUUCUGUGGAAGAAUUCUACCAGCAGAUGCUACGGAUGGGUGUGAAACCCGGCGGUAAUCUCCUCAGCGGGCUUUUGAAAAGCGCGCCAAAUAUUUCGGCUGGAUUUUCCUACAUCCAGGAUAGCAGGUGGGAUGAUGAUACGAAGUUGGUCCUCCGUCAUGCCGAAGACUACUCUCCUACAGUGAUUCGCCAGACUUUGAGCACUGUCCCAGAUCAUACCUUGGCCGCUCUGAUCGAGCUGCUGUCUAGACACGGCUUCGAUGACGAACCCUUCUUCAGGUUGAGGGGCGAGGGCUCUUUUGACGGCGGCAAGGACCCGAGUAGGAAAGAGACGAUAACCCCCUUUGUAUACGCCUGGGAACUCUUGACCGCUUCACGUUCUUCCAAUCCGCGUUUAUGGAAUGCGCUCCUUGAAGGAUCCUUGGUCUCCUUAACCGAAUUGAGGAGCAUGGCUAUGAGAAAAACCCUCAACUCCUCCGCAAUCCGCGACAUGAAAUAUAGCAUGUGGAGCUGUCUAUGGACGACAUUUGGGACCUUUUCAAGACCGUGGCACGUUCACCCUGAUCUCGAAACGUUUAGACAUGCUGCGGGGAUCAUAUCAGCAAUGCUCAAAGACCGGCGCGUCCAUGUGACGACAGCACGAUAUGGUUGGCUUGCAAAGAAUAUUUUUCUGCACGCUAUCUAUGGUCGAAGAAUCACCCCUUUCCUCCCUCCUGCCACUACGCCGCUUCUAGUCGUGCCAGAAGGCCGCGAUCUUCAACUGUUGGUCAGGGUGCUUGUGUCAACCCACGAUAUCGAUGGCCUUGUGGCAUUGGUGCGAUGGUUGAAUGGACACGCCGCCACACUUGAGUCGCUGAACAGAUAUCCGGACUCUACUGACAAUGCCGAGCUGUUGUCGGGCGAGGGUCUCCCUCCGCUCCGUAACGUCUUAUGCGCAAUCCGCCUGUUUCUUGAAGGGAGUGUACCGCACUCUUUGGAUGGUCACGAGAGCAUCGCGUUCGAAACCCCCUUCGCGGUAGAUGCUGAGACGGUACGAGAGGCCAGACUGCAUUGUGCGCUCCUCGGAUGGCCGUCAGAUGCUGAGGUGGAACUCUUCAUGUCACACGAGGGCCACUGGCUGGAGCGUGUCGCUCGCGACGCAGACUUGGUGGCAGCUAAGCGCUCAAGGCAUGGUAAGAAUGAGACCAAGGGGUCGGAAGGCCAGAGAUAG